AAGCUUUGAAAUGAUACCGAAACGCUACUCCAGCUGUCACAUAGUUGCCAAUCUCGAUUUGAUAAUCAAGGACACUAAAAAUUAUUAUCGUUAUCAUUACAAUUGUCAAUUUACAUUUUGCAUCAUGGCUGACUCGGAAGACCAGAAGUUGAACGCGCACUUCAAGGAAGAUAUGAGCUCGAUCAUUUCAUUAUUGUUUCUAUGUACACCAGAAGCUUAAACCUAUUUCAGUUCGUCAGAUGGCCCGAUCGUGGAUGACCACGUUCUACAAUAUGGGAGGCAACGUGUUGGACAAACAGAUGCGAAAUCGGUACACAGCCUACAUGUUGAUGCAGCUGGAAUUAAACCGCGGCUUGAGUAAACCAUUCGACGAACCAGCUCCGGAACAUAUCCAUCUGCCGCUGGUGAAAAUUAUUGAUGCCGAUGAGUACAUAAGGUUUUUCGAGAAAUGUGAGAGAUACUAUCUGACAAAGAAGGGAUCUUCGGGGGAUCAAGAAAUGGAAGAAGUCUGCAUGAAGCCAAGUGAUUUCCUCUACAGGCUACCGCCCAUUCAAUCGGGAGUGGUCGUUUAUGGCGCCUGUUUCAGCAAAAACGACCAAUGAAGACAUCCAUCGAACCAUCGCAACGACCGAUCGAAAUUAAAUAUUCUUUCCCCCCAGGCCUUGCAGUCUCACCAUCAAUCCGGAUCAGUUAUUUAUAUCACGUUCCCCAAACAGCCAAAAAAAACAUGGACGGCUUCGGCCAUAUUCAAAUGUAA